CGGUGAGCCUUUGAGCUCCGAAAUCAGCUCUGCUUUUCCAUGUAAGUCUCCCGUCAUUCUCUCCGAUCCUCUCCUUUCCCACCUCUGCCUUUUCUCCUUUCUCUUUUCCUCACAAUCUCUCUGGAUCGCUCGGCGGACGUUGCGGUUAUGGUAGCUUAGGGUUUGUUUUUUCCCCUUUCUGAAGAAAAAGGAGGUUUGAUUUUGAUCGAUAGGUGCUGUUUCUGAGGGCCGGUGCUGUGCAAUGACUCGCGCUGACAACCAGUUGAUUUCCGUCAGUCCUGACGAACUCAAGUUCCAAUUUGAGCUUGGCAGACAAAGUUUCUGUGAUCUUAUAGUUUCAAAUGCUAGAAAUCAGUAUGUUGCUUUCAAGGUAAAGACUACUUCCCCAAAGAAGUAUUUCGUACGACCAAACACCGGUGUUAUACGACCGGGGGACUCGUGUUUCAUCAGAGUGACCCUUCAAGCUCAACGAGAGUGCCCCCCUGAUAUGCAAUGCAAGGACAAGUUUCUUCUGCAGAGUACAAUUGUUGAUAGUUAUAUUGAUGACCUUCCACCAGAUACUUUUAACAAGGAAAGUGGGAGAUUAGUAGAGGAGUGCAAGCUUCGGGUAGUAUACGUUUCUCAGUCUUCCCCAGGAAAUUCAGAAGAUCGAUUUAGACAAGUCACUGAUGCAAACUCUACUCAGAUGUUGGAGCGCAUUAGAGAGGAAAGAGAUGCAGCUAUGCGGCAAACACAACAACUUCAACAAGAACUGGAUGUGCUGAAGAGAAGAAGAAAUAGGAAAAAUGGUGUGGGCUUCUCCCUGAAGUUUACUCUUCUUGUUGGGGUCAUUGGUCUUAUGGUUGGCAUUCUCUUCCAGCUAUUAUUGUCUUCCCCUCCUGCAGAAGAAUAACUACUUGUCUCCCUCCCUCUGCAAAAUUACAGUCUCACCCCUUUCUAUUUCUUCUCACUUUAAACAAAAAAAAAAUCAAAUGACCCAAAUAGGAGGAUUAUGUGUUCAUUCCCUGGCCUGUAAAAAAAUGGGUUCUUCCUUGGUAGCAGUUAGGAUUACUCCAUGUUAAUUUUUCUCAUAGAUGAUUUGCUCUUGGGUCACAUUACGGAUGACACCAAGUUUGACAUCGUCAGUGUUCCUCAGAUAAUGAUUCCUCAAUCGGUGUGAAAUUGUCUUUGGCGGUGUCAAACUGUGGUGUCAUUCUUGAGGAUUACCAUUUUUCAUUUGCAUCUUAAAGUAGGGGUUUUAUUCUCCCAAUAGAGACAUGAGAAGUGGUAAUAUUCUCUUAAACUAGAAAUUUGAGAUAAUGAUGAAUCAAUCUUAUUACCCAUA